CAACUGGUCACACCACCGUCGACAUACUGCCUGCUGGGAUGUAGCUCAUCACCGGAGAACUACACAGAUUGUUACACAUCUGAGAUCCGUGAAAUCUGGGCGAUAACUCGUCGGAUCGAGCCGCUGCCUGCGUCUGGUUUGUGGGAGAAGGAAGGAGAGAGAAUCGGUGCCAAUAUGAUGGAAGAAAUAGACAGAUUCCAAGUGCCGAGUGCGGUACAGGAGGCGGAGAUGCAGGCUGAGAUGCAGCCGCUGGACCCGGCCUCCUCCACAGCUUCAGAGGCAGACUCGGACACCAGGGAGGGAGAACCUGUUACCAUCAACUACAAGCCUUCACCCCUGCAGAUGAAAAUAGAGAAACAAAGAGAGCUGGCAAGGAAGGGCUCGUUGAAGAAUGGCAACACUGUAGGUAGUCCAGUCAACCAGCAGCCCAAGAAAAACAAUGUCAUGGCCAGAACACGGUUGGUAGUACCCAAUAAAGGCUAUUCCUCUUUAGACCAGAGUCCAGACGAGAAACCCUUGGUGGCCCUGGAUACAGACAGUGAUGAUGACUUUGACAUGUCUAGAUACUCAUCAUCAGGAUAUUCCUCUGCCGAGCAAAUCAAUCAGGAUCUGAACAUUCAGCUGCUGAAAGAUGGUUACCGCCUAGACGAGAUCCCCGACGACGAGGACCUGGAUCUGAUCCCACCCAAAUCAGUCAACCCUACCUGCAUGUGCUGCCAGGCAACCUCCUCCACCACCUGUCAAAUACAGUAACCCUGCCCCCUCUGACCCUCUGCCCCCGGCCAUUUCCACUCAACAUGACCCUCCCGUCUUCAUCCGCUAUGAGGUUACUGCGCCACCAGAGCGGCGACAGAGAGGCAUUGGUAGAAUAUUGUAAUGACAGUUAAGUGCUAUGACGAUAAUGACAAUGACAAAUAAUCAAAUUAACAUAUAGAGAAACUUUGGUUCAAGAUCUCGGAGAAGGAAAAUCUGUGAAAAUAGUCCAUAUGUAUUUAAACUAUUAGUAAAGUGGUGGUUUCCUCCUAUGGCAGGACGUACACUUGUGUUUGAGAGCUCCUCUCCUGGUGAACAUGAUGUAACAUAAUGCGCUGAAGUUAAUGGACAGAAAAGAAAAGGUCAGUUCAUGCUGUAAAGUGAUUUCAGUUUCCCUGAAGAAUAAGAGACAUUAUCAUAACUGCUGACUCAACUGUCCUGCUUACCUGACUUCUGGGUUGCAUUUUUACAUUUUUCUAGUUUUGUUUUGAUUUAAAUGCUUACUUUUUUAACCUGAGGGAUCAGUGUGAUUGUAUGUGUUGAUGUCCAGAUACCUGAGAAGUGUGGACUGUGGUCUUGAUAGAGGAUCUCUGGUCCUUGAUUCAUUGUAAUGUACAGGGUUGUUAUGUAGCACAGGCCAGGUCAUUGCACUCAUUCACACCACAUUCAACAUGUUUUGCUUUCUUUUUCCUGCCUGACUGGUUUGAGAUGUUUCAUCACAGAGGUUCAGGAUGAAUGUAUGAACAUGAAUGGCUGAAGAACAAAUUGCAUGAAGAGCACCAGAUUGAAUAGCUGAAUGGAAAAUAAUAGGCAAGUAGCUUGUUGCACAUUUGAUUUUUGCCUUGUUUCUAUUGUGCAAUGAUGUGCUACUGUUGUGGCACUAGCUUGACUUGCAUUGUUUUGAAUUUGCACAAUUUUUACUUUUUUGGGGGGGGCCCAUAUCUGUGCAGUCUUUCUUGCACAGAGGGGACAGUGGCUUAUCUGAAAUGAACUGUGUCAAACGGGAAGAUUACAUAGUUGCACCGACCCCCUAACAUGAUGCUCACAUGAUCCCCACCUUAUCAAGGCCAAAGGAACUGGAUGGAGGGAUUUUAGAUUAGAUUUUUCAGCACAGUCUAUUGUGUUACACUCUCACUUUUAUCUCUUCUGAGUGUCACCGAACCUGAAGACACUCCUUCCUCCCUAUUUCUAUCUUCUAACGUCACAGAUCAUUAAGGGAGAACGCAAGCAGAUUUCCCCUCUUUUCUCUCUUGCACACACACAUGCAUAUGCAUGCAUACAGACAUACAAAGUAUAAAUAAUAAGUGAGAUGGCAUCUAUUUCUCUUUUGACUCAUAGGAUGGAAAACGUUUUGUAAUUGCAACGUCAAGGAUUGUUGACUUGAACCACUAAUAUCCUUCAUUUAUGACCCUCAAUCUCCCUUGAAUCAGUUGUUUAUUUGCAAUUACAGUAUGCCUUAAGUACAGAGAAGUUUAAAAGAUGUGUGUAUUUAUUGCCAUCUUGAUAACUGAGUUUUUUUGAAGAACAUUUGCUGUCUAUGAAAUUAUACUUUUUUCUUUUUCCUUUUUUUUACAUUUAGACACAGGUAACAAAGGUUUUUCUUUAAAUUUCCUUUUUUUAAAAAAAAAUGAUUUUCUUGUAUUGUAAACACUUCCAUUACAGUAUUUAACAAUGUUCUUGUUAUGUGCAGUGUAUGAAGACAAUAAAUAACCACAAAGCAAAUGGAAGACAA